GUUCCCGCCGUAUGCGUUUGUUCCUGUAGCUCCGCCAGUGUUUCGAUAUCAGCAGAUAAUCGAUAACAAUUGAUGUAUCGAUGUCCCAGCGUGCUUUUCCUCUGACAUCGAGUGCUAUUUUACAUGGCGUCACUUUCCCCAUGAUACUUUUUUCACAAGUUCUCGCCUUCCCCUCUAAUUCUCGAUCGGUUCAGACUUGUUCUCGUAACAUCACAAGAAUACAUUUAAGACGCGCAAGGGCAGACAAACACAAACUUUCAAAGACCCGCUUGUUGUUUGUUUAAAAAAAAAAAAGCAACACAAAGUGUUUUCAUUCAUUUAUUUUAAUGUGGCUGCUCUUUCUGAUAUGAAAGAAGCCACUAUCAGAAAAGAGAUUUAGUGGAUGUGUGUGUGUGUGUGUGCGCGCCUGUGCCUGUGUGUAUUUGCAGUCACUCUUUUAUGGGCUCUUGUCUUUGUCACAGGGGUCAAAGCAAUCCCCCUGCUUACGCUAUGUGACCGAGGGACGACAUUACUUUGAGCGGGGGAGUAGGGGUAUGAUGUCACAGCCUACCCCCCCCCCCCACACCCCCCGCCACGCGCACCUCUCUUUUGAAAAGCGCACACGCACCACAAAGCGAUCACCUUAUCUCAGUCGGACGAUACCUGAGACUUGCCUGCCUUCCCCCCCCCCCCCCCUUUCUAUCCAUCUCGGGGGUCACAUUUUAGGGUCCUGACUCCCAGACGCUGGAGUGGACCUCGUUUGAUGCUUUUCUCGUGUUCCGCCUCUCUCCUUCAUUCAUUUCAGCUGUUUGCCCCAUUCAUAUUCUAAUGGCUUCCAUUCAGGCGGGUCUAUGUCCAGUUUGUUUUGCUGUCAGGGCCUCAGAUGGAUGGCGCUAGUUGGAGGUUCAUCUGGGGGUGAGGAUUAAAAAGCCUCCCCCCCCCCCCCCGGAUGCUGGAGGUUUCUUCGUCGUCGUAGUGUCUGGCAGACGGAACAGAUUGGUGUGACAGACAGGUGCUUCCUUUAUGGGUUCCUUCCUGUCCAGCAGUUUGGGGUCGCCGCCCUCCCACCCGCCUCACCCCUCUGGACCGGUUUCCUCCCCAUCCUCUCCCUCGUACCGGAGCGCAGCCCAUUCCAACGCCUCCCCUAUCUGGUUCCCUCAUUCGCAUGAAGGGUACCCCAGCUAUUCGGGAAGCCUGGCCCCCCCUUUUCUUCCCAUCGGUCCCUUGGAUCACCAUAGCAACGGUCUAUACGGGCAGCACCGCUUCUACGAAACUCAAAAAGAUCACUUCUACCUGACGGGCCUCGCCACCCAGCCCCCCCUGCUCUCCACCAAUCUCCCCCUCCCUUCCGGCCUCCCGCUGGGCUCCAGGGAGGCGGGCGAGAAAACCGCCGCGUCCUUAUCGAAGGAGAAGGAAAGAUCCGGCGGCAAAGAGCGCCAGCAGCAGGAAAAUAAAGACAAACAUCAGCUUCAUCAUCAUCAUCAUCAUCAGCACCCGCCGACUCCAUCGGGCUUCCGUCCGAAAGCUUACCCGCAGCCCUCCCACGCCCCCCCCUUGCUCCACCUCGCCCCCCAAAGCAGGGAGGAGGAUUCCAGACACCUUCCGGAGCGUCACAAGGAGCACAGAGACGGCGACGGCCUGGGAGGGAAACAUAUGAGUGCCUGUAAACUGUCCGGUGUUUCCGGUACCGAGGCCGGCGAAAGGGGGGGCGCGUUGAGCGGCGGAGGCGGGGCGGCUAGAACUCCUUCCGGAGGCAGUCGGCGUUGCUAUAAAGAACCCGUCAACGGGGAGAUGAGGAUCAGCGACUCGACAAUCGCGUCCUCGGAAUGUAUCGGAAGAGGCGCGGCGGCCAUCUUGGCCCCCCCGCGCUCUGUGGCCUCCUACUCCAUGGCGCCGCCGCCCCCAACUCAUACCUUGCACGUGGGCUCGGCGGUGGUCGGAAGCUGGCUUCACCCGCAUCGCCAUCCCCACCCGGAGUUUUACUGCCCCCCGGCGCCGAUGACCGUCGUGGCCUCCAAAGAUCCGCUUUGCGCCGGGUCCGGUCGGGAGGCGAAAGCCACGGGCGCGACGUCGGUCCCCUCGGCGGGACCGCUGGGAAAUGUGGCGACCCCCGAGUGUCACGGGGCCCCGAGCGGCGCUAAAAAAGGAGAGGACAAGAACGGCGACGGCUCUGGCGAAAGUCCCCCCCGUCACCUCGCUCGCUCGAGCGCUUGCCAGAAGAAAGACAAAAGCCAAACACAUUUGCGGCAGCCGGUCUACGGCAAAGCCGACAAAGCGCCCGACUGGAGUCGACAAACGCGACCCUUCCAAAAACGCGACGCCACCGCCGGCUCUCCGCCCGAGCUGCGAUCCUGCGGCCUGGAAACGCCCUCCUCCCUCAGAGACGUGGAGGACCUGUACCGGCCGCCGGAUGCCCAGGGGGGGGCCUACCUCGGGGCCGGAAGCUGGUCCGCAUCCAAAAGCGCCUCUCCGCCUUUCGGGGACUGCUCUCAAUCCGAUGGAAAAGUGGGGUCGGCGGGUCAGAGGGAGGGUCAAAAGGUCGCUCGGAUACGACACCAGCAGCACGGCGGCCACGGCGCCGACGAAAGGGGACGAGACGGCCUGCCGAUAACGCCUUGGGGCGCUCGAAAGGGACCGCGGGACGACCCGAGGAAAGACUCGCGCCACGCGUCCGCCGGCAACUCCAACCAGUCCGCUUCUCUCGGGCGCAACGCAGGAGGAGACGGCGGCGCCAUGAAGACUUUAAUGAACUACGGCUCCCAGCAGCCUUUGCUGCUGCCCCAGCGGAGCCCCUUUGGAGGCUUGGGCUGCCUCAAGCAGGGCGGGGAGAGAUCAGAGAAGGGGGAAAGGGGCGCAGGCAAAAACGGCUCCUCGCACGACCCCCCCAAACAGUCGCUGCCUCCUCGCCGGGGUCCCUCCAACGAGGGAGAGAAGGGGGGCGACAGAGGCGGGAGGGAGGCCGGGGAGGCGGGGGAGGGCGAGGUAAGGCAACCCCCGGUGGGCAUUGCCGUCGCGGUGGCCAGGCCCCCCCAUCGUUCUCCAGACGACACCCCCGGACUCGGCAGGCAGGGCAGAGCGCUGCCCGGAAUGAAAGGGGUGUCCCGACCGACGUAUCCGCUCGGCCGGGAGGCGGAGGAGAGGAAGAGGAGGACGGAGGAUCAGCUCGGCCUUCAUCACCUGGACAGGGACAGAGAAUUGCUGAUGAGGGACAGCAAGGAGCGCAUGGAGUUUGCCCGGAUCCACCCUUCAAGUAGUUGCCACGGUGACCUGACCUCUCACCUCUUGGUGCCCGGAGGCGCCGGCCAGUUGGGGGCGGACCCCGCCGCUCACGCCCACCCGGCUCACCACCACUGGAUGCAGAGGACGGGGGGAAGUCCUUCGCUCUGGAUGGGACAUUCGUAUAGUUUAAACCACGUGGGGAUGAGUGCCGGUUUCCCCCCAGGUUUACCCAGCCCUCUGCUUGGCUCACUCACCCAAGACCCCAACUCCCCACUCAUGGUCCUUCCCACGGAGCCUGGGCCUCAUCAUCACCUCGACGUUUUGGAGCAAUCGGGUCUGUGGCCUCCCGUCUACGGCGCCCGCGGGCCCCCUCCCCACCUGCAGCAUCACCCCGUCUACUCGCGCUCCUCAUUCCUCCGGCAACAGGAGCUCUACGCCCUGCAACAGCAACGGGCCAUGGAGCAUCUGCAACGCCAUUCCUUGGGACAGCGGAAACACGACGAGGGCGCCUCGCCGUUCCAAGACUCUCCUCCGAUAUCAAGAACCUCGUCGUCGUCGUCGUCUCAUGCGGCGGCCAAACCCUUCUCGCACACGCCUCCUCCGCCAAAGACGUCCGCCCCGUCGCCGGGGCUGUGUCCCGGUAGUCGUCGGUCACCGUGCUACCAUUCGCCCUCCAGGCGAACGCACCCGCCCAAUCCCCUGACCCCCGCCCCCAGCCCGGCCGCGGCGGCCCCCCGCUCGCCGGCGCUCAGCCCCGCGCCGUCGCUCUUACCCAAAGGCCCGGAGAGGACCGGCGACAGAGGAGAGGGGCAGCCGCCUCAGGACUACCCACAAUCCCUGGAGCCCGACUUGCCACCCGUUUACGCUUUGCCUCCGCUGUCGGUGGGUUUCAAGGCCGGGCCGUCGCCGCCCGAAGCCCGCUUGGCUGAGCAAGACUCGCAGGAAGCGCGGCCGGCGGAGCCUGACUCCGAGUCUUUCCGGCUUCUUCCCCGCAUCUCGCCGCUCACUAAAGAUGAGACCGGGAGGGAGGAAGAGGAGGAGGCGGAGGAGCGAGACGGCAAAGUGGUGGAAUCCCACAGUGGCCCCGCACGAGAAAAGGGGGAGGAAAGUCAAGGGGGGGGUGGAUGCUCUGUUCCGGAGCAGGAAAAGACCACUUCUGGCCUGCCGCCUUGCCCUUGCCCAUCUCCUGUCCCGGAUCCGACUGGCCCUGCUGUUAGCGCAUCCCCGAAGCGAGCGGAGAUCUCCAAAAACGAUGAGCUCAAGGAGGAUUGCGGCAAAGAAGAGCUCGGGGGAAAAAAAACGGAGUGCGAACCGACGGACCGCGCCGUUCCGGGAAUUCCUGCAGAGGAUGGCAAAGAGGAAGCGGAAGAGUCUAACGGACGUGAAGAAUUGGUCGUCGACGGUGAAGAAGAGACGCAGAUUGAAAGGAGUCCGGAAGAGCUGGAAAAAUCGCGCUCUCCUACCCCAUCCGCGGACGUGCCCGCGCCGCCUUCCGCGAGCUCGGCGGCCCGGCAGCAAGGCGCCUACACGUGGAGCCUGGAGCUUCUCAUCGCCGCCGCCUUGUGCGCUAGCCGGGAUGCCUCGCGCGCGCCCGCGCCCGCCGCCAACGCUCCGAGUCCUCUCGUCCACCGCGGUAUGGAGAUCCUGGGAGAACUGGCCGAGCUGGAGAUUCAGCACAGGAGUCUGGAGAGCAAAGGGAACCGAGAUGAAGGUGAGCGGGUGCUGACCUUUGACCUGCACAGUCUGGCGACUCUGGCGGCCGCCCGGGCCUUGGAGAUGGGGGGAGGAGGGGCUCCUCGCGGCGGAGUCCAGCAACAAUGUCAAAUUCGGGAACGGCUGAAUUUGCGCAGGAAGUGCAGCUGGGCGCCUCGCCACGAGCCGGUGUGUCCGGUAAAGGGCUCCAUGGAGACGAUGGGAGGGGAGGAGCUGGCCAUGCGUGUCCAGCUGGCUGAGCUACAGCGCCGCUACAAAGAGAAACAGAGAGAAUUGGCCAAGCUUCAGAGAAAACACGACCACCAGAAAGAGGAGACGUCUCGCAGCCCUGCCCGCAGGGGGCCGGGACGGCCCCGCAAGCGCAAGUCCACCCCCGGCGCGCCUGCUCCAGACGCCUCCAAAAGACUCAGGGCCGCUGUUAAUUUACAGGAUGAAGAAAGAGUGCGGAAGAAGCAUGACUUCAGCAGCCCGAGCGCCGCGCAGUUGAAAGCGGGCUGCAAGCACAGAGGUCGACCCAGCGCCCCGACUUCCGGGCUGGUCAGACGGGUGGGCCAGAUGAAGCAGAAGGCCGACGCCCAGCGCGCCGCAUCCUCGGGGCCAAAGAGUCACUGUGGACACGGAGGAGCAGACUCUCAACAGGAACGGGAGGCCGCUCACGGCGUGAAGAGAAAAAGGGGGCGCAAACCCAAGGCCUUGAUGAGCCCCGACCCAAAGCAAACAGCCGCCUCGAACCGGGCCUCUGACAGGCAGGAAGUCGGGGAAAGGAGUGACAGCGAGAGCUCGGGACGCGAGGACGAGGACGACUGCAGCUGCAGCAGCGAUGAGGCGGCCGACGGCGUCACUGUGAGCGCGUCCUCCAAAGAGGCGCCUCCAAACUGCACCGGCUCGUUUUCGGCCCCCCCGUCGAGGCUCCACUCGAACCGGAAACGUGAUACGAGGAAAGCGGGACCUCCAGGAACUCUGGCCAUCCCGGAGCAAACGGAGGCCCGCAGGAAGCGCUGCCUGGACGACGGCAAAAGUGAACGGCGCGCUUCGAAAAGAGCUUCUCUUCCCGACUGGGCGGCGUCUUUGGCGGGCUGCGCUUUUGGGGAUGGGCGGGGGGGCCGUGGAGCUCUGCUGGAAGAGAACAGGAAGAUCAAGGAAGCGACGAGGGUGCACAGUCACCUGGCGAAGGUCCCGGGUCACGGGGUCAGCCGACUCCUGCAGAGCUUCACGGCCGACGAUGGCUUUCACCUGGAUGAGGAGAGCAGCUUCUCUGAGGAAGAGGAGGAGGAUGAGGAGGAGGAGGAAGAUGCGGACGAGGAGAGCCCGCAGAUGACGGUUCACCUUCCUCCCAAAAUGCCUUGCAAAAUACCCGCUCUGCCCAACUGUGUGCUCAGUAAAGAGAUGCUCGUUGACGGCCUGAAGAUUUUGAUAUCCAAGGAGGACGAGUUGCUCUACGCCGCCCUUGUCCAGACUCUGGACCUGCCCGAUAUAUUUAGUGUUGUCAUAGAAGGAGAGCGCGGGAAUCGCCCCCGGAUCUAUUCACUGGAGCAAAUCCUACAAGAAGCUGUUCUGGAUGUGCGACCCCAGACCGAUUCCAUCCUAAUGGCCGGGACGCGAGUGUGCGCCUACUGGAGCGAGCGCUCGCGUUGUCUUUACCCCGGUUAUGUCCACCGAGGGGGCGCAGGUGAAGAGAAGGAGGGAAGCGUGAUGGUGGAGUUUGACGACGGCGACAGAGGACGGAUUACGCUGGCUAACAUUAGACUUCUGCCGCCUGGAUACCAAAUCUGCUGUGCGGAACCAUCACCGGCGCUUCUGGUCACACCCGGACGCCGAUACCGACGCAGCUCGACGCAGGAGAAGAAAGACACGCCCGCCGCCGAGAAACCAGCCAAUGAGGAACAAGUCAGGAAAAUCCAAGAGAAGAGACCAGUCGGCAGGCCCAAGAAAAUCCACUCGGUCGCCAAGACUGCCGGCGGCGCGGCGACGUCCGAGUCGGACUCUGGAACCAAAGGUAAUACUUCCCUGGCCAGCUGGUCCGCGCCCAAGAAGAGACCCCCGGUCGACUUCUUCCUCUUCAACGGGACUUCGCGCAAAACCCAGAAGAGAUACCGAGAGCGAGACGCGGGGUUGUUUCAUCGCCCCGCCUCCCACUCGCUCACACCCGCGACCCCCCUCAGAGGCAUCUUUGGCUCCCCUUUUGCCGUCGACUCUUUUAGUAGCAUCGCCAACGGCUACUCGGCCUUCGGUGGCGGCGCCAGCUCGGGAUCUGGGCGACACGCAAACCCGGGAUCUUCCUGCGGGCCCCGGGACGUCUCCGCUCGCCCCUCGGUGGUCGCCGCGGCGCCGGGGACCAGGAAGCCAAUCGGCGAGCGAGACAGGAAACGCUUCCUGGUGAAGCUGGAUCACGAAGGGGUGACGUCGCCGAAAACGAAGAACGGCAAGGCCCUACUUCGAAUCGGAAAUGGAAGCAAAGGAGGUCGAACGGUAUCCCCGGCGGGCGCCCCGCUGCGCUAUGUUCACCCCGCCUUGCCGGCGAAGGACGGAAAGAACGGAGGACUUGAUCGAGAGCACCCCGGAGUCCGGCCGGACCCUCUUCUAAAAGGUGACGCCCCGCUUCAGAAAGAUCCGCCGGCGACCGGCCACGGAGGCCAAACCGGAGAUUACAGUUUGGACUACCACAGCGACGGCCCGAGUUCUUACUCCGAGCUCGAUGAGGACGACGAAGACGGCGGCAAAGAUGCGGCGGCGGCGUUGUCGCAUCGCGGCGGCCGCUUUCUCUCCCGUCUGUCGGUCUGCUUCUCCUCCUCCUCCUCCUCGUCCUCGACGUCAGGUUCCAUCUCGUCCUCGUCCCUUUGCUCCUCGGACAACGAUUCCUCCUACUCGUCCGAUGAAGAGUCUUCAUCCGUCCUCCUGCGCCGCGCGCUGCUCCAGCAGGACAAACGCAAACACGGACAGAACCUGAGGUCGGAGGUCAGCGACCCCAACCCUUUGGCCACGGUCGCGGCUCAUCCCUAUCCGAAGGACGGGACGGAGGACAGGACUGAGUACGUUUCCAAAGCAAGUGUGGCCAAUAACGGUAGUUCAGCCAAGACCCAAGUGAAGAGAAAGGAAGGGGUUCCUAAUAGCCACCACCAAGGUCCGAGCGGCCCUAAACCUUCUUCCAAGGACCCGGCGGCGGCUAAAAGGCAGAGGAUGUCCUCACCGGAACCUCAAGCCGGCAUCGCUCCGCUGCUGUCUGGACGCCAGCUGUGGAAAUGGUCCGGUAGUCCGACACAGAGGCGGGGUCUGAAGGGUAAAGCCCGCAAGCUGUUCUACAAGGCCAUCGUGCGCGGCAAGGAGACGGUGCGGGUGGGCGAUUGCGCCGUGUUCCUGUCGCCCGGCCGGCCCCAGCUGCCUUACGUCGGCAGGGUGGAGAGCUUGUGGGAGUCGUGGAGCUCCAGCAUGGUGGUCAGGGUCAAGUGGUUCUACCACCCGGAGGAGACUCGCCUGGGCAAGCGACACUGUGACGGCAAGAACGCCUUGUACCAGUCGAGCCACGAGGACGAGAACGACGUUCAGACCAUCUCGCAUCGCUGCCAGGUUGUCGGCCGCUCCGAAUACGAUCACAUGAACCGCGAGCACAAGUCGGCCAACGAUCUUUUCUACCUGGCCGGCACGUACGAGCCCACCACCGGGCAACUGAUUGGCGCCGACGGUAUGGCUAUCGUGUCCUAGCAUCCGCCGCUAGAGUGACCCAAGUGAUAUUGAGCCGCUUGGGUGGGUGGGGCAAUGGGAUACAUCCCAGUACCGGGCACUUAAAGGACUCUGGUUAGUUCUUGGAAGCCCAUGCCGCCUCAGUUUUACCCGCCCGUCGUACUUAAAUAUCUUGCAACAAAAGAACCGGGAGCACACACGUGAGCACUUUGGAGUUCGCCAACUCGUCGGAUAUGCUUCUGUUUUGGGAAACCAAGAAAAGACUCGGGGAGAGGAAGGGAAGUCACUGUAAGCCACACUGGUUUGGCACGCUUGGAAAGGUCUAAAAACUGCUUUUCUCUUGGUUGACCCGGGAGACCCCCCCCAACAGGACCAAAAAAAAAAAAAAAACCCAAAACCCUCCGGUGUCAUUUUGGACUGUGCGCAAGAGCUGAUCGGUUGUGAGCCGAGAUGAUGUCACGUCUUUAAAACACAAAUGUUUUCCUCUUGUCAAGCCAUACACAUCAAUACCUCUCUGGCAUCUUUGUGUUCAGGUGCAAAGACGCGUGUACAGGUCGUCGGAUUGCUUUUUUUUCUUUUAAUGUGUGCGUGUUUGGCUUUAAGCAGCCUUGCGUGGAUGGAUAAUAAUGUAAAUACUAUGCAUAGAUAAUUUUUUUUUUUUACAUUGCAGAGGAAAUGCUUUUUAUUUCCAUGUUAAAACGUUUCCUUUGAAUGCACUGUGGGUAAGUCAGUCGGAAAAAAAAAAUUGAACGGAGCGAUGUCUAACUUGGAAUUAAAAAAAACAUUUUUUUUUGCAUUUCUUGUUGGAACCUGACUGGAAAAAGAAACCAAGUUUCUGCUUUUCACUGAUGCGGAAAGAAUCCGCUUGAUCGGCCUUUAUUUCUGCGUCAAAUGUAAAUAUUUGUCGGGCGUCGAAAAGAGAUAUACCAAAGCACCUGUGAGCUUACACUUCCAUCACAUUACAAGAUAAUUAUAUGAGAGUGAAUUAAAAAAAAAAAAAACUAAUAAUAAUAAAAAUGUUCAAUCAAAUCUGAAUCCGGGAGCCCUGCAAUCACCCCCCCCUCACCCCCGAGGUAUUUGAGGUAGAGUUCCCUCUCGACUGUGUUGCUAUGACAGCCUCGGAUAAAACGUCGCCGCGACAUUGUCUGCGCACCGCCCAGCUGAUGCACUUGAGGUCUCUAUGACAACCAGAAAUGGCAUCACAUGACUGUGAAGGACAAUCAGCGCCAAUCAAUGGGACAACGUUUGAGAGAGACCAAAAAAAAAAAAAAAAGAUGCUUCUUGUCACUUUUUUUUUUUUUUUAUAAAUCCUGCUUUGCCAAAAAUGUCUGCGUGUGGGCACGCUGUUUUUUUUUUUUUUACGUUCGCCGUGGUCUUACGUUGAUGCAAACCCGUGAUGACUCUUGUAUAGGAUGUACAGGAAGGGGUGGGGGGGGAGAACACAAAAUGCCUUUUUGUUUGUAGGCCUUUGACUGACUUUUUGAGAUGUGAAAACUUUGUUUAAAAAAAAAUAAUAUUAUAAACACUGGAUUUACUUCUGAUCAUCCCAUUUGGACGGACGCAACAUUUUUUUUUCCUUCCCCCCCCACUGGAACCCGCUUUGUAUGGUUACGAUGG